AUGGAGCUGUUAGCAGUUGUGGGGUUGAAGCAUGAGGAACUAGUUCCCACUUCCUCUUCCACAUUCAGCGCGACUGUAAAAUGGGAGAAGCCGCUGUUUACCCAAAGUAAUGUUACCCAUUACAUAUAUCGUACUACCAAGGCAAUCAAGGGGCAGAUGGAACGAAGAAGCAUUGGUCUCGACAUUCAAAAUAUAACAGUGAGUUCCGGUUUUGUUGCUGAAAGUAAACUGACGACAUUUUUUAAACAAUUUGACUGUAUUUAUCACUCAUAGUGUCAAUAUUUUAGAACUUUCAGUGCACUUUUAGCUUAACUGUAAGUAAACAACAACGGCGAACCAUUAAUGUUCUUUUCAUUUUUUUUAUUGUCAUGUAUUGCUUAUUCACUUUUAUAAAAUAACUAAGAUAUUACGCGCGCUCUGAUUGGCCGAGAGGCAUCUUUUCAUGAGAGUAAGUAAACAUGGUUGUGACCUCAAGAUGUUUUGCUGGGCGCGUGGUAAUCACGCAAGCACAAAUUUGAUUGAAAAAGGUUUUGUGUUUAAAAACUCCGUCGACAAGUUUACUUUAUUUACCCACUUCAUCGUCGGCUGAGACUUGGAAAAUCUCUAGAAAAAUGCUGUGCCUCUUGCUUAUUACUACACGACUAUAUUGCUGCUCACUGAUUACUUAGUAACAUAACACAGAUCUGUCAUACAAUUAUACUACACUUCACUUCACGCUUUUGAUUUUUAUUUUCUUCUUUGCUUUCUUUUAUCUUGCCAGUAUGUAUAGGUACAUCACGGUCUCUGUUUUGACGUUUUAAGAUAUAUUUUCCAUAAAUGUAUUUUUUAUUAUAUUGUUCGUUCAAGGAAAGUUUAGUCUCUCUCGUAAAACGUAAUAUAGCCCUAUUAUUUGGUACGAAAAUUAAAUAACGCCAUUGUAUGUUUAAAAUAAAUUAAACGUUUUAAGUAAGACGGUUCAAAUGCCUCCGAUCGAAUUGCUCAACAAUGUCCUCGCCUUUGAUGACUUAUUUUUCAGUGAAAAGGUGUACUAAUACACCGAAUGCAAAUAUGGCGGACGUCUCGGCCUGCCCGGGUCUAGUUGCGCGAAAGCGAGGCUAGUGAGGCCUCAAGAGUUUUGUUUUGACUGCGCGCUUUAGCUAUUGAGUCGGUCGAUAUGGUUUCCUUCGAGUUGUUACGUGCCUCAGCGUCACCAAAAAGGAGAUUAUACUCUAACUUUCCCGAGUUCUUUUCACAAAGAAAGUCAAGGAUUCUUGCGUUUUGGCGCGGGGAUGAGAAGCACUUUACAGCGAAAACGCAAGUGUGCUCGCUUCACUUGCUUUAGAAGAGAGGACUCACGAAAGUAUUUGAAGGAAAGAAGAUGGUGCUGUUCCAUGAUGUUUGCACGGUCUGUUAUUCAUUCAACAAAAGGUAAACAUUCUCGAGAACGGGAGCAUCCGCUAUCGACUUUAAGAUCAGCUACGCUCCUUAAUAUUUCACGCUGGAAACAGCUACAUUAAAAUAUACUGAAUAGUGACGAGUGUGAAUGAAACACAACAAUAACAGUCGCCUGUUAAUCCCACAAGCGUGGCCCGUGAUACCAUGUAAGAACCAAAAGAAAGCGACAUAUUUGAAGAACACUCCUUUGAUCAAAGUGCACUAAAAAAACUAACAGAGGAACUGUCGCGAACUAAGAAAGUAAUAAGAAGAACAAGGUUCUGACAGGGAAAGAGCGUGCAAGUAUUCGAGCAUUGUGUUGGCCCUUGCGCGUGAUCUUUUUUGACAACUUUUCGAAGGGUUUCGAGAAAAACUAAGAGUGGUUUUCCAAAAAUUGCUACUUUUAUGGCACAGCUCAAACUCUUGAACACAGGAUCGUGAAGACUGUGAAAACAUUCGACCUCGUGUAAACAUUUCAUCCACAAAGGUACCGCGACGGCGACGGCGGAUUCAAUCGUUCUCGAGAAUUUUUACUUUUCCUCGGUAAGAGAACGGACAAAGCUAACUGGAAACAGAACCUCAGGAUUCUCCCAUUCAAAUAGUUCGUGAGGUCUUCUCUAUUGAAGUGAAGCGAGAACACUUUCGUUCUUUUAACUCUGUAAUAGUAUUAAAAGUGCUUCCAUUCGCUUCGCGGAUUAGCUUGAAUCCAUUUCUUUCUUCGUAAAGAACCUUGGCAAAGGGAAGAUAAUGAAAUUUCGUUUCUGCUGGAGUUAAAUCUCCUCUUUGAUUGCUCUUGAGCACGUAACAACUCGAAGGAAACCGUAUCGAUCGACUCAAGGGCUAAGACGCGCAGUCAAAACAAAACUCUUGAGGCCUCAAUAGCCUCGCUUUCGGGCAACUAGACCCGGGCAAGCCGAGAGGUCCGCCAUAUUUGCAUUCGGUGUAUUCUUCCUUUCUUUCGUAGCGUGUCGAGGUAUUGUUCAUGUAUUUCGUUUUUUGUUUUUUAAGUCAAUAAAACUAUUUCGAGAAUGGCGACCCAAAAAUCUACCCUUCUAUCGUCAUUCGAUUUCUUUGCUCCUCCAAUUUUGUUAGAAAAUGUUCAAGUUAAUUUCAAUGCCACUUUUUCACCCUAUAUAGAAGAGAAGUGAUGACGUCACGAAAAUCAAAUUUGUGAACUAAUGGGAUUGGUUGGCAUAUCCAGAAAGCACAAGAUGGAACAUAUUGCCUCGUUAAAAGUCAUACUUUUUAUGCUAAUUCGUGUUAUAAAGCAGAUUAACAAAAAAAGUUUCUCUAACAGUUUGCUUUUCUUUAUAUCCUUCACAUUAAUAUUCUUAACAGACAGAAACCAGUGUCACUAUAGAUGAAAUUUACCUAAAUGAGAAGAUAGAAUUUCAGGUGAGUGACUUGAGGUGUUGUUUGUGGUUAAAAGAUGGUCCAUGUUUUUGAGUAACUAAGCAGCUUUGAUUCUUAAAUCUUGCAGUGAAAUUUGGCAGUGAGCCAACCUAUUUGAAAGCGUCUUAAUUUGAAUAAAACUAGGACUUUUUUCCCAUUUUCCUGCUACUUGCAAUUAUUUUGUUAUUACUUAACUAAUUUGUUUAUUCAUCUGAUUUUCUUGUAUAGUUCUUACAAUUUGAUAGCCGUUGCAUGGCCCCACUUCCAAUAUCUACAUAA